AGUUGAGUGCGCCUCUCCUCCGCCAAAUCGCGCCGCGAAUCCUUCUUGUGCUGUGAUGUGAUAACACUUCGCCCGCGUGUAGUGAUUAGACACCCCAAAACUGCGUGAAAAUGUCUGUGGAGUCGGAGUCAAUGGUGGAGGGCCGUCUGGCCUUCUUCUCGCCACUGAUGCUGCCACUCAUCGCCACAACGCUCUCCCUCUUGCUCGUGUACAUGUGGCAGCAGAGCCGCAGGAUCGCCAAGAUGGGCAACGCGCUGCCCGGGCCGCCGACGCUGCCCUUCGUGGGCAACGCCCACAUCCUGGUCGGGAAGAAUCAUUCAGAAAUCUUCGAAUUUGUCCUGGAACUGAGCAACGGAUUCGGCAAUGUGAUCCGCGCCUUCCUGGGCAAUAGUCUUGUAGUCUUUCUCACACAUCCCGCCGACAUUGAGAUCAUCCUCAACAGCCAAGUGCACUUGGACAAGUCUGAUGAGUAUCGCUUCUUCAAGCCGUGGCUCGGCGACGGACUCCUGAUCAGUUCCGGCGAGAAGUGGCGAAGUCAUCGCAAGAUCAUCGCUCCGGCCUUCCAUCAGAACGUGCUGAAGACGUUCGUUAGCACCUUCAAUAGCAAUAGUUUGGCUGUGGUGGAGAAGAUGCGCGAGGAAGUGGGCAAGAAGAUGUUCGACGUUCACGACUACAUGAGCGCCGUGACUGUAGAUAUCCUGCUGGAGACGGCAAUGGGCACAGAGAGGACCAGAAAGGGCAACGAAGGCUUCAACUACGCCAUGGCGGUUAUGAAAAUGUGCGACAUCCUGCAUGCGCGUCACAUGAAGUUCUACCUCCGCUUCGACACAAUCUUCAACUGGUCCAGGCUGAGGCUGGAACAGGAGAAGCUGCUCAGUGUCAUCCACGGUCUCACGAAGAAGGUGAUCAAGAAGAAGACUCAGAUCUACGAUGACAACCUGAAGAAGGGCGUCCUGCCGUCGCCUUCGCUCAACGAGAUCAUCGCCAAUGACACAUACAGUCAGCCAGAGGUGAAGAGGAGCAGUGGAACGGAGAAAGGACUCAGGGAUGAUCUCGAUGAGAUCGACGAGAACGACAUUGGAGAGAAACGCCGGCUCGCCUUCCUCGACUUGAUGAUCGAGACCGCCAGAGGAGGCGCUUCGAACUUCUCCGACGAGGACAUCAAGCAGCAAGUGGACACGAUCAUGUUCGAAGGACACGACACAACAGCUGCCGGCUCGAGCUUCGUUCUGUGCCUCAUGGGAUCCCACCAGGACGUGCAGGAGCGCGUCUAUGCGGAGCUGAAGGGCAUCUUCGGGGAAUCCGACCGACCCUGCACUUUCGCCGACACCCUCGAGAUGAAGUACCUGGAGCGCGUGAUCAUGGAGUCCCUCAGGCUGUAUCCGCCAGUGCCGCUGAUCGCGCGGAAGAUCCAGCAGGACGUGAAGCUCAACACCGACAACUACGUCCUGCCGGCGGGCUGCACAGUCGUGAUCGGGACAUUCAAGCUCCACCGUCGCGGCGACAUUUACCCCAAUCCCGAGGUCUUCAACCCCGACAACUUCCUCCCCGAGCACACGCAGAACCGCCACUACUACAGCUUCAUCCCCUUCUCGGCGGGGCCCCGGAGUUGCGUGGGCCGCAAGUACGCCAUGCUGAAGCUGAAGGUCCUGCUCUCCACUGUCCUGCGCGCCUACAAGAUCAACUCCGACCUCACGGAGAAGGACUUCAAGCUGCAGGCGGACAUCAUCCUGAAGCGAGCGGACGGCUUCAGGCUCUCCCUGGAGCCGCGCCGCAAGGAGAAGGUCAUGUAGACACCCUCGGAACUGGCAGUUAGUGUACAACCCCAACCCUCUCUUUUUGUAUAAUGAGUGUUCUAACAGUUAAAUAAAUAUGCAACUUGAGCGCCCAAAGUGGCCAAAAUCUA